CCCGGAAAUGACGACAGCAAUAAUGGCACUAGCACCAUUUUUAAACAACACACAGCAUACUUGUUUACAAAAAGAAGAUUGGCUUUUGCAUGUUUCUUUCUUUUUGUUACAGUUUUUACAUAAGCCAAAAUGUGACAUUAGGAAGCCGUUUCUCCUGUAAGCGAUUUUAGGUUUGUUGAAGUACAUCAUGGAGACAACGCCGAUAAAACAGACAAUUCAUGAAACUAACAUUACACCGAAUACAACACGGUCUUUAUCAAGUAGCUCAAGUAAAGCUGAGCCCAUGAGUGCCUCACUGAAGGCAAGGUUAAAACGAACACGGCGCACAUUCACAUCCCCCAUCAGUGUUGUGAAACGCCUUAAAAUUGAGGAUGACAUCCAACCACAGACUUCACAACCAGAAGACACUUACCACAACGUGACUGACGACAGAGAGAAUGAGACUGAUAUUAACCAGAAUGAUAUGAGGGAGCAAAGAGACUGUGAACAUAACACAGAACAUGACUUGAUUCAGCAAUGUGAAGAACUAAAGAAACAAGUUAAACAGAAAUCAGAAACCUUGCGAAGAUUAAAGAUGGUCAAAAUGUAUCGAAAAAAGAAUGACCUGACCCAGCUGCAGACGCUAAUAGAGAAAUGGAGAAGCUGUGCCCAAUCUGUGCUGUAUGAAUUACAGAAUGAACUGACCACAGAAGGCCAAAAAAUGAGCCUUUCCCAGCUCAUAGACAAUUUGGGGUUAGAUGACAAAAUACUGCACUUUGAUAGGACAGAAGAGGACUUCACACACACUUGACAUUUAUUGCAUACAAUUCUUCAUCUUUGUUUAAACUGGUUGUAACAACAGUCAGCUGAAUAU